AUGUCGGCCCUCGCCCCCCAAUUGGUUUCCAGGAUGCAAUCCUACGAUUCUCGAGUUUCCAUCGAUGGACUCUCUGAUGCCAACCUCCAAUCUGGUAACACCUCCACUGACGCAACCUCGGUCUCUUCCCAAGAAGAGGUUGCCCAUGUGCCGGAAAACACCGCGAUUGUUGGUAUGGCAUGCCGUCUCCCGGGAGCGAAGAGCCCACAGCAGCUUUGGAAGAACAUUGUUGAUCAACGUGAUGUCCAACGCAAAAUUCCAAAGGAAAGAUUCAACGUCGACGCUUUCUACCACCCAGAGGGUACCAACAAGGGCACUACCAAUGCCCGAUAUGGUUACUUCCUCGACGAUGAUGUUAGCGAAUUCGACCCUGAAUUUUUCCAGAUCUCUGGUAAGGAGGCUGAGGCUAUGGAUCCCCAGCAAAGACUUCUUCUAGAGGUUGUAUAUGAGGCAUUAGAGAAUGCUGGUAUUACUCUUGAUGAAAUCAGUGGCACCGAGACCUCUGUUUUCUGCGGUUCCUUCACCAACGAUUACCGUGAGAUGAUCCACAAGGAUUUAGAACAUUACCCCAAGUACAGCGUCACUGGUACUGGUGCCGCAAUUCUGGCAAACAGAAUUUCCUACUUCUACAACCUUCACGGUCCCAGUGUCACUCUCGACACUGCUUGUUCUUCCUCGCUUGUGGGUCUUCACAUGGGAAACCAGAGCAUUAGAGAUGGUGAGGCAGAUAUCUCUAUCGUUGUUGGUUCCGCCCUUCACUUCGAUCCUACUAUCUACACUACCAUGACUGAUCUCGGUUUCCUCUCUGUCGACGGUCGUUGCAGAGCUUUUGAUGCCGGUGGAUCUGGAUACGUCCGUGGUGAGGGUAUCUGUGCUGUCAUCUUGAAGCGCAAGUCGCAAGCUCAGAUGGACGGAAACAAUAUCAGAGCCAUCAUCCGAGGCACAGGUUGCAACCACGAUGGUAUCAAGGAGGGUAUUACUAUGCCCAAUUCUGUCGCCCAGGAGGCUUUGAUCCGAAGAGUUUACAAGAACACCGGUCUCAACACCAACGAGACCCAAUACUUUGAAGCCCACGGUACCGGAACCCAAGCUGGUGAUCCUCGUGAGACCCGCGCCAUUGGUGCUGUCUUCGCUCCUAACCGCGAUCGUCCUCUCUACGUCGGUUCAGUCAAGACCAACAUUGGUCAUUUGGAGGGUGCAUCUGGUCUUGCAGGUGUUAUCAAAACUACCAUGUCUCUUGAGGCUGGCAAGAUUCUCCCUAACAUGCUUUUCAACAACCCCAAUCCAAAGAUCGACUUCGAGCAAUGGAAAAUCACUGUCCCAACGAAGAUCAUCGACUGGGAACCAACCAACGGUGUCCGCCGUGCCUCCGUUAACUCUUUCGGAUAUGGUGGAACCAACGCCCACAUCAUUCUUGAAGGUUACAACAAGCCAGCCGUUGUUGAGGAGGUCGUCAAACUCAUUCCUGAGUACGAGGAGAUGGUCUCCGAACGACCAUUCUUGCUUCCUCUUACUUCUCACACUGAGAAAGCCGGUAACCUUCUCAAAAACAACUUGUCAACAUUCAUUGCUGGCGAGAAUGUUUCCGCCCCUGAUGCUGCCCUCAGUCUCAGCAACCCUGGACGUUCAAACCACCAAUACAGAUCCUAUGUUAUUGGUCAGGAUUCUGACGAGAUGAUCGAGAAACUUAGCACCACCACUGGAGGAACUCCUUGGACUCGUGCCACCAAGACCAAGCCAAGAAUUGGUUACGUUUUCACUGGUCAAGGUGCUCAACAUUACCACAUGGGUAGAGAACUCCUUGAAAAGUGCCCAAUGUUCAAGCAGUCGAUCCAGAAGUGUGACGAGAUCCUCCAAAGUCUCGAGGCACCACCAUCCUGGAGCGUUCUCACUGAGUUGAUGAAGAGCAAGGAAGAUUCUUUGGUUAACGGUAUCGAGUUCUCUUCUUCGCUCGCCACUGCCAUUCAGUUGUCUACUAUCGAUCUCCUCCGCGCAUGGGGUGUCGAGCCUGCUGCUGUCUGCGGUCACUCCGCCGGUGAAAUCCCAGCUUCUUAUGCUGCUGGUAUCCUCUCUUUCAAGGAUGCUCUCGCCUGCGCUUACUACCGUGGUUGUGCCUUGUCUGGUGAGCCAGAGGACAAGGUUCAGAUUCCAGGAGCCAUGGUUGCUGUUGGCAUGACUGAAUCUGAGGCUAUUGUUGAGCUCGAGAAAUAUGGUGGAGCUGUCAAGAUCGCUGCCGUCAACAGUCCUACCAGUUUGACUCUUUCCGGGGACGAGCCACAAGUUGUCGAGCUCCAGAAGUCUUUGGAGGACCGAAAGGUCUUUGCACGUCGUCUUGCAGUCGAGCGAGCCUACCACUCCCACCACAUCGCUCCUUACGCACCAGAGCUCACUCGCCUCUCCCGCAACGUUCGACCACGUCCUGCUACCUGCCGUAUGUUCUCAAGUGUCACUGCUCGUAUCGCUGAAUGGCAGAAGAUGACCGGCGCUUACUACGCCCUUAACUUGGUCAACCAAGUUAGAUUUUCUGAUGCCUUGACCGGUAUUCUCAUUGACGAGAACGAGGAGCAAAACGUCGACGUCUUGAUUGAAAUCGGUGCUCACCCAGCUCUCAAGGGUCCUUCCAGACAAACUAUUCAAGCCUUGAAGCUCGAUGUCCCAUACUUGGCCACAAUUGCUCGUGGUGCUAACGAUUUCGAGGGAAUGCUUGCAACCGUCGGACAGCUUUACGCCAUGGGAUACCCAGUUGAUUUGGAAGCUGUCAACAGCGACCUCUUCCUCGGUAGCGAUGGAGCCGUUGUCCGCGCUCCAGCUGGCAAGACUGUUGAUCUACCAAGCUACUCUUGGGAUCACAGCAAAUACUGGGCCGAGACCAGACUCGUCAAGAGCUACCGCAACCGUGCCCACCGCCAUUCAAUCCUCGGUGCACCUAUGCUCGGUAACCUCGAGAAGCACCCAAGAUGGAGAUCUUUCCUCCGACCAAGAGAGCUUCAGUGGCUUCCUCACCACAUGAUCGACGGCAAGGUAAUUUUCCCAGCUGCUGGUUAUCUUACAAUGGCCAUCGAAGCUGCUGUCCGUCUCGAGACAUGCCCCAAGAACAUCAAGGCUAUCUGUCUCCGUGAUAUCGCUAUCAAGUCUGCUCUUACUGUUUCUGACAGCGAGAUGGGUACUGAAGUUAUCUUUGAGAUGCAGCCUGUCUCUACUUCAGCCAAGCGCACUUCAGACACCUGGUACAGAUUCAUUAUCAACUCAUUCGGAGAUAACGGUGUUGUCAACGAGCACUGUUACGGUUUGAUCUCCGUCGAGGCUGGUGACUCCACUGCCAUUGAGACUGAUACCCCAGCUCCAUCUCUCGCUCAGCUCCGCAAACGAAGUGACAGAUGCACCACUUCCAAGACCUUCUAUGAGCACUUGUGGAACAUUGGUCUUCAAUACGGUGAAGACUUCCAGCUGAUCACCGGAAACGUUGACAGUGGAUCUGGAUACUCUAUGGCACCAAUCUCUCUCAAGCCAGCUGCUUUGAUGACCACUCCUAACGAUCACUGUGUCAUUCACCCAUCGUUCCUCGAUGCCUCAUUCCAUCCAUUCUUUGCUGGUAUUGAGUCGUUGUUGGGUAGACCUCUUGACGGUCCUUUCGUGCCAACCUUCAUGAAAUACCUCAAGCUUUCCGGUGCUUUCUUCGAUCUCACCCAAGGCACUGCUGAGCACACUCUGUGGGCUACCGCUGAGACAAAGCUCCCAGGUCCACGUGUCGCUAUCUCCGACAUCACAGUUCGUUCCGCUGAUUGCAGUGAAAUUCUGAUUGAUAUGCAAGGUCUUGAGGCUACUGCUCUUGGUUCCUCGACUGCUGAGACUUCUCGCCAGCUCUUCUUCAGAACUCGAUGGCAACCAGCUUUCGAUAAUCUCGCCGGUACCGCUGAACUCUCAGCCUUGAAGACCCCUGCUGAGAUUAUGGAUGUCUACGCUCACCAAUACCCAGAUACCAAGAUUCUGCACAUCACAUCUGAUCUUGCUGCUACCAAGGAACUUCUUACUACCCUCUUCCCUCAACAACGCCGUCGUUUCCAGAGCAUCACCCCUUACUGUGGUUCUGAGGAACAAUUUGAGGAUAUUGAGGCCCUCACCAAGGUUUACUCUACCUUGAUUGAUACUGCUGAGCCAAAAGAAGGUGCUUACGACUUGGUUGUUGUCAGCAAGACUACUUCUCUCGACGUCAAGUCUUUCUUGAACUCUACUGGACACGUCAUUGUCGCUGGUGGUGAGUAUGAUGGCCAAGGAAUGAGCGUUCUGUUCCAGAACUCCUCCUUCACCGCAUACACCGAGGCAUACAGCUCCAACUACACCGCAAAGCCUUUGACACUUGUUAUGGGCAAGAAAGUCUCUGAGACAACUGAAGCGCUCGCUCAACUGAUCACCAGCAAGCAGACUGCACCUGUCACUCGCAUGUCGUUUGUUGACAUGGUUGAGAACGCUCCAGCAACCGAGAACGUUAUUGUUCUUGCCAGUUUGGACCAAGAGCUCUUCUUCGAGGACCCAGAGCACGAGGAGAUUCACUUCGAGGCAGUCCGAACUUUCUUCACCAGUGAGAACAAGAACAUUGUUUGGAUCGUUCGUGGUGCUUCCCAGGAGACCUCCAACCCUGCUCAAGCCAUGAUUCUCGGUAUGUGCAGAGUCGCCCGUAACGAGAACGACAAACUCAAGGUUGUUACCCUCGAUGUUGCCGAGACUGCCCAGAAUGGCCAGAUUGCUGAGCAGAUCAACACAAUCCUCGACAGCCGCUUGACUGAGGAUGAGUAUGCUGCUCGCAACGGCACUCUCUCGAUCCCAAAGAUUGAGACCGAUGACCUUCUCAACAACAAGCUCCCAGAGAACUCCGGUGGUGAUGCUGUUAUGCAGGAAUUCGGUGCUGGUCAACCCCUCGCACUCAAGAUUGGCAAAGUCGGUCUUUUGGAGACUUUGGCUUUCGGAGUUGAUGAGGACAUUGUCGACACUGAGCUUGCUGCCGACUCCAUCGAGGUCGAGGUCAAGGCUUCCGCCAUCAACUUCCGUGAUGUUGCCGCUUCUAUCGGUAUCAUUGACGAUUACAGACUUGGUGAUGAGUGCGCUGGUGUUGUUCUCCGCAUCGGAAGUGCUGUCAACCCUAACGACUUCCAAGUUGGCGACCGUGUCGUUGCUUUCAGACCUGGACAAGGUGCUCACAGAUCCAUCGUCCGCGAACAAGCUGCUCUCUGCUACAAACUCCCGGAGAACAUCUCAUUCACCACUGCUGCUGCUUUCACCUGCAUCAUGAUCACCGCAUACUAUGCAUUCCACGAUCUUGCUCGCCUCCAACCUGGUGAGAAGGUCUUGAUCCACGCCGCCGCUGGUGGUGUCGGUCAAAUGGCUAUCCAAGUUGCGCAAAUGAUGGGUGCUGAAGUCAUUGCCACCUGUGGAAGCCAAGCCAAGCGCGACCUCCUCAAGUCGACUUAUGGUCUUACUGAUGACCACAUCUUCUCUUCUCGUGAUCCUUCAUUCGUGGCUGAUAUCAACCGCCUCACCAACGGCAAGGGUGUAGAUGUUGUUCUCAACUCUCUCGCUGGUGAUCUUCUCCAUGCCACCUGGGCCUGUGUUGCUCGAUUCGGUCGCUUCAUUGAAAUCGGAAAGCGUGACAUCCACGAGAAUGCUAAGAUUGAUAUGGAGCCUUUCCGCAAGAGUGUCGGAUUCGCUUCUCUCGAUCUCAUCACCAUGUACGAGUACAACAAGCCUCUAUCCCACCGCCUCCUCAACGAAACCUACAAGCUACUUGAGCAGGGCAAGAUCAACAACCCACACUCUGUCCUUGAGCUUCCUUACUCUGAGGCUGAGAAGGGUUUCCGUCUCUUGCAAAUGGGCAAGCACACUGGUAAGAUUGUCUUGGUACCACACAAGGAUGACAUCGUUCCAGUCUCUCUCCCAUCUUACCGCAAGACAAUGUUGUUCAGCCCAGAGAAGUCUUACCUCCUUUCUGGUGGUCUUGGUGGUCUUGGCCGUACAAUGGCCGAGUGGAUGGUGCGAAAGGGUGCCCGCCAACUUGCUUUCUUGUCUCGUUCAGGAGAUGCUCGCCCAGAAGCAAAGGCCACUGUCGAAUGGCUCCAAGCUCGUGACAUCAAGGUCACAAUCUUCAAGGUUGAUGUCUCUGACUACGCUGCUGUUACCAAGGCUGUCCAAUCCCUUGGCGACAACCUUGCUGGUAUCUUCCAUGCUGCCGUCGUUCUUCAAGAUGCUCCUUUGAACACCAUGUCUCUCAAGCAAUGGCAAGGAUGUGUUCACCCUAAGGUUCAGGGUGCCUGGAACUUGCACCGCGCUACCCUCCACUUGGAUCUCGACUUCUUCACUCCUUUCUCUUCCGUCGCUUGCCAGGUCGGAGCUAUGGGGCAGACCAACUAUGCCGCUGCUAACACCUACCUCGAUGCCCUUGUCCGUUACCGUCGCUCAAUUGGCCUCAAGGCAUCUUCCAUGAACUGUGGUAUGAUUGUUGGUGUUGGACUUGUCGCUGAGAACGAAUCCAUUCUCAACUGGCUCAUCAAGAUGGGUUCUGACGGUGUCAACGAGGACGAACUUCUCUACCAGAUUGAGGAAGCCGUCGUUGGCGGCUCAGCUCCAACUCAACUCACUGCCAGAGGUAUCGACCCUGCUGCUACCACUACCGGUGUUCAAACUGCCCGCAAUGAUGUUUACUGGCACGGACGUGCCUUCUUCCGCAACUUGUACUCCAACUUCGAUGUUGCAGGAGCUGGUGCCGCUAAGGGAGGCAACUCUCUUGGUGCAUUGCUUCAAGCAGCUAAGGAUGUUCCAGAGAGAGCUCAAAUCUUAACUGAAGCCUUCAUUGAGAAGAUCGCCGCUGUUCUUGGUGUUGUUGCCGAGACCAUCCAGCCAGGGAACCCACUUUCCAUGUACGGUCUCGACUCCAUUGUCGCUGUCGAGUUCCGAAAGUGGUUCUCCAAGACCAUCAACGUCGAUAUUGCUUUGUUCGACAUCUUGUCCAGCAAGUCCAUCGCUCUCCUUGUCUUGAAGGCAGCUAGCUUGAUGGUCAUUGAAGUUGCCGCGUCGGAGAAAUCUAAGGGCUCUUCUGAGGAGACCAAGGGAAGUGCUGCUGUUUCUGAGCAAGCCACUGCUGGUGAGCAAUCAUCUGACUUUGAUGCUAUCUCAAUCGCCCGCCCAAGCAACAUCCCAAUGUCUACCUUCCAGCGCCGUAUGUGGUACGCACACAACUUGGUUGAGGACAAGUCUGCUCUCAACAUCUGCAUCACCUCCCACAUCAAGGGUACACCUGAUGCCACUAUCUUCAAGGCUGCUCUGGACGAGCUCAAGCGCCGCAACGAAAUGCUCCGAACUGCCUACAGUGAAGGAGAUGAUUUUGCUGAGCAAGAGCCAGUUGCUGACUUUGACUCUCGCCUUGUCUACAGAGAUCUCUCUACUGAGAUCGAUGUUGAUGCAUCCCUCGAAUCAUGGAGAGCAUCUCUUCAAGGUGAGGAGCUUGACAUUGAGAAUGGUGAGAUCAUGCGACCAGGACUCUUCAAGCUUGGUGAUGAGAAAUUUGCCUUCGUUGUCGCAUUCCACCACAUCUCCAUCGAUCGUGGAUCUUCCAAGGCUCUGUUCGAGCAAUUCGUCGAGAUCUACGACGCUAUCCGCUUGGAGAAGGAUCUCGCAUCCGUGGCACCACCAAGAAUCUCUUACACCGAUUUCUCAAUCUGGUACGAGAACCACCUUCGCAGUGCAGGACUCCAGUCCGAGGUUGAGUUCUGGAAGCAAAGAUUGGCUGGCAUCAAGCCAACAUCUGAACUUCUGCCAUUCGCCAAGACCACUCGUCCAGAUACCAUGGACAGAGUCCGCGACGAGCUCCGAUCAACUCUUCCACUUUCUAUGCUCCUCCGUCUCAAGCGUGUUUGCGCUCGCAUGGGCACUACUCCUUUCCAAUUUAUGCUUGCUGCUUUCCGCGCCUUCCUUUUCCGUUACACUGAGGAGGAGGAUGUUACUGUCUUGGUCAUCGAUGGUAACAGACCUCGCUCCGAUCUUGAGGAUGUUCUUGGAUUCUUCGUUAACAUGAUUCCUGUCCGACUCAACAACGUUGACAGUGACUCCCUCUUCGACUCUGUACUUAGCUCCACUAAAUCCGCCACUGUCGAAGCUAUCGAGCACAGCAAGAUUCCAUUCGACACUAUUGUCGAAGCUGUCAACCUCCCAAAGAGCCACAGCAUCUUCCCUAUCUCACAAGUCGUUGUUAACUACCAGAUGCACGGUAAGAUGCCGCGAUUCGGAACCGAGGAUUUCCACAUCCACACUGUCAUCAAUCACGAUAUCCCUACUGCCUGCGAGCUUGCUCUUGAGGCUCUUGAGGAUCCUGACAAGGGAUUGGACCUCCGUCUCGAGUACUCCACCACUCUCUAUGCUGAGGCCGAUAUGGAACGCUUCUUCGAUAACUUCAGCACAUUCUUGACCAGCUUGAUCCGCGACCACAGACAACCAAUCGCUCAGACCCAAAUGACUGGCCCAAAAGAAGUCGAGCAUCUCAAGACUAACUACUGGAACAUGGGAUUCACCGAGAACACCUGGAAGGGUGCUUCAGUCGUCGAGAAGAUCCUCAAGAAGGCUGAAGAGACCCCUGAUGCUUUAGCCAUCCAGACCGCUGAGAAUGGUAACCUCACCUACAAGCAACUAGUGGACCAGGCACAGCGCAUCGCAGCUACUCUGGAACAAGCGAACAUUGCGCCAGGUACAUCUGUCGGUGUAUUGGCCUCGCCAGGAGCCGAUGCCGUUGUGGCCAUGGUUGGUGCCCUCAUCCGCGGAUGUGGAUACCUCGCAAUGGACCCUGAAUUCGCAGCGCAAAGAUUAAGCUUCAUGGCUUCGGACUCGGCUGUCAAACUCAUACUUGUUGGAGAAGAUCUCGAGAGCGUUGGAUGUGCGGUGGCGGCGAAGACCACCUCACCACCGCAAGUCAUGCCAAUUGCCGUUGCUAAGAGUAGCAACGAGAAGUCAAGGUACGGGGACACCUCUCCAGAUGACCCCUUCUAUACUAUCUAUACAUCUGGUAGCACAGGUAUCCCGAAAGGCGUAGUGUUGAGUCAAUCAAACACUCAACAGAUGCUUUCUACACUUCAGCAUGAUUAUUCCUUUACUUCUAACGACAAAUUCCUUCACCAAUCUUCAAUGUGUUUCGAUCUCUCUAUUGUUCAAAUAUUUUCCGCUCUCACAUCUGGCGCAACGGUUUGCAUUGCUUCUACACCUGUUCGAAAAGACCCGGCUCGUCUCGCCAAAUUCAUCCAAGAAGCCGGCGUCACAGUUACUUAUUUUACACCCACUCAUUUCGCCUUACUCAUGGAAUCAUCCGCCGACCUCUUCAGGCUUUGCUCUGACUAUAGAAUUGCUUUCUUUGCAGGAGAACGUCUUUCUGCUCGAGUUGUCGACAAGUUUCGUGCUCUGAAAACUCCAGCUAUGAUCCUCAACACAUGGAGUCCUAGUGAGCUUGUCGUCCAGACAACUAUUCACGAGGUUGCUGAAUCGGAAACCGGCGAUGUCAACAUUCCAAUUGGCUUUCCAAUGGCCAACUGUCGUCACUACAUCCUCGACACCCAAAUGAACCCACUCCCAGCAGGACUGGUCGGAGAGAUCUGUGUCGGUGGUUCUCAAGUCGGUUCCGGUUAUCUCAACCGCCCAGAAGCCAAUGCAGCAUCAUUCGUACAGGAUCCUUUCUGUUCUGCUGAUGAUAUCUCUCGGGGUUGGACUCGACUCUUCAGAACCGGCGACAAAGGUCGAUUCCUAGCUGAUGGAAAGCUCGAGUUUCAUGGUCGUAUCGCUGGUGACAAACAGAUCAAGUUGAGAGGUUUCAGAGUCGAUCUUGGCGAAGUCGAGCAUCGUAUUCAUCUCGAAGCUUCCAAGCUGACCGGCCCCAAACUUGUCGAUAUCUCAAUGGUCGCACGAACUCUGGAUGGCAAGGAAAGCUACACCGACGAGCGCCAAUUGAUCGCUUACAUUGUUUUGAAUUCUCAAAUCGCUCCAAAAGAGCAAGUCAAAUAUGUCACGACCAUUCACAAGGCGAUCGCCAAAGACCUCAACCCUUACAUGUUACCUAAUGGUUACCAAUUUCUCACUGAGCUUCCAAUGACCAUUGGGCGAAAGGUUGACAGACAAAGCCUACUUACAAGAGAAUUGACUCUUGUCUAUCCUUCUUCCAAGUCAAAUGAGCCUGCCGCCGAGACCAACUUGGGCGGUGAUCAACAAAAGGUCCUUGACACAAUAUUCCAACUCUAUCGCGAUGUUCUCAAGCUUCCAAAAGACCGCGAGAUUGGUGUAACUGACAAUUUCUUUGAGCUUGGAGGUCAAAGCAUUCUUUUACUCAGACUUCAAGCCAAGCUCAAGCGCACCUACAAGAAAGCAACUCCAUCAUUGCCUGAGCUGUUCAAAGCUCCAACUCCUCUUGCUAUCUGCCAAAAGAUUUGUGGACUUGCAGCAACACCUGCUGCGGGCGCAAGCAAAGCCGCAGCUGCAGCUGUUAAACAAAUCAUCAACUGGACCGCAGAAGCUACUCUACCUUCGGACAAACGAUAUCUCGUCAGAUAUGGAGCUAGCACUCUCAGCUCCUCCGAUAUCACUUCUGUCUUGCUCACUGGUGUUGAGUCUUUCAUCGGUCUUCAUGUCUUUGCAAACAUGCUCUCCUUGGAGCCCACAAAACAUUUCCACCUUCUUGGUUCUGAGAAGUCAAUCCAGGUUGACGAUGUCAUCGCCGACCUCAAACAAUACAAGCUCCUCAAAGGCACGGUUACCGAGGAACUCGUCCGCAGUCAAACCAAUAUCGUUCCAGGAAGCUUGAUGCAGCCUGGCCUUGGUCUUGAAAAGACCACAUUCAGUCAGCUCGGCCGUUCGAUCCAAGCAAUAUAUCAUCUCGGCGGUCGCAUGUCACUUCUCAAGAAUUACGAGACCCUCCGCCGAGCCAACGCUGGCGCAACCAUGGACUUGAUCGAGCUUGCAGCUUCGGGUCUUCAUCGCACUGAACUCCACUACUUGUCCACAUGGUCUGUUCCUCAUCUUCAAUCUCAUGCAGCGGCCAAACGAAACCGCACACACAUCGAUAUCAGUGAAAGCUCUCCAGAUCACUUCACUCCUUCCGAGGAUGCCGAGCUCUUCUACUUCAAAUCCCGCUGGGUGUCGGAGAUGCUACUCACUCAUGCAGCUGAGCGAGGCUUCAACGUAUCCAUCAUUCGUGCAUCAGCCGUUUCCGGCAGCACCGCAACAAAUGUACCAGCUCCUGACGAUGACUUCGUCCGCCGCAUGAUAGUCGACAUGGUCACUCUAGGAAGUGUACCCGAUCUCCACGGCCCUGCUGGCACUCCAGCAUAUGCCAUCGACUUCAUCCCUGUCAACUACUUGUCAUCAGCCCUGCAAUCACUCACAACAUCCGAUGCACUCCGCGAUGAAAAAUCAUUCACAAAGAAAAACCUAUCAAUCUUCCACAUUGGCAAUCCAUCGCCAAUGAAUCUCCACGAUCUACCCAAGCUCAUGACUCAACUGCGAGUCGACGAAAAAGAAGGCAAGCUCGUCAGUCUUCCGGACUGGCUGGCAGAAAUGAAAGCAAAGGCGAAGACAGAGGGUGAUGUCUUGAGAUGGGAAGCUGUCAAGAAUGUCUGCGAGACAGGCCAUCUGAUGUUCGCGCUUGAUCAGACUGAAACGCAAAAGGCGCUCGAGGAGGUGGAUUCCGAGCUCACAUGUCCACCCAUGGACAAAGCAUUCUUGAAGAUGUUGGGUGCUUAA